UAUUUAAAUUAAAUUGAACUUUCAUUGUGAUUAGACCGUUUUAUUAAAUUUUCAAUAUCCUACAAAUUGAAGAUAAUUUAAUAUAUCUACAAAUAAAUAAUCAUAAGAGUGUGAGGUGUUCCCACGAGACACGAGUAGUAACUCUUCAGUGCAACAACUGGCGCGUAACAGCGUAGAGUUACGCUGAGACCUAUACAGAAGACGUAAAAAAAACCAUGGAGUCGCUGUCAAUCGCGCUGCAGCCGUACAAGGAGCUGGUGGGGACGAUCGCGGCGGUGGUCACCACCGGCCAGAUGUUCUCCGGCUGCUUCGUGUGCUGGGACAUCUACCGCGACGGCACCACCGGCGCCACGCCCUUCAUGGCCUUCCUGGGAGGUCUCAUCAUGGGAGCCCUAAACCUGAAGUACGGGUUCAUGCUGCGCGACGACAAGAUGAUCCAGGUGAACUUCCUCGGCAUCGCGCUCAGCAUCCUCUACGUCAUGGUCUUCUACCGGUACACGCCCAACAAGACGUCCGUCUGGGCGCAGCUAGGCGGUGCUGGCGCGCUGAUCGCGGCGUUGUUCAUGUACUCGGAGUACGAGGACCCGGCGGUGGUGGAGGGGCGGUUCGGCUCCAUCAUCACGGCCUUCAUGUUCUACCUCGUCUCUGCGCCGCUGCUCGGACUGAAAACAAUAAUCAAGAACAAGAGUACGGAGGGUCUGCCGUUCCCGCUGAUCCUGUCCGGUACCGUCGUCACCUUCAGCUGGCUCGUCUACGGCAUCAUACUCAACAAUACCAUCAUCGUCCUGCAAAACGUAGUGGUGUUCCUGCUGUGCGCCUUCCAGCUGUCACUGUUCGUGAUGUACCCCAGCAAGCCCAAGGCCAAGGGCAAGGCCAAGGCCAAGAAGACGGACUGAUCCAUGCGCCUCAUCUACACACUAAGGCCCGAGGCCAAAAUUAUAGCUCUAUUUUUGUAAAUACGUACAAAAUAACUUUAAUAUAUUUGCGAAUAUCUUUUAAAUUAUGUUGCUCAAAUGUUGAACAAUUUUACAAAAGUCAUAGUAAUACGUUUCGGUGUUUUGUUACCGCGGGUACGUUUAAUCUAAACUGUUGCUAAUGUAUUGAUAGUGAGGUUUAUUAGCAUUUUAUAACCAGUAUUACGAAUUAUCAUACCGGUCCGUAUGUCCUAUACAUUGUCUUCCAAAUGUAAGUAUAAAUAUAUUUUUAUUGUAUCGCAAACAAAAGUAUGAGCUGUGACCUCAAUGUUAUUAGCAAGGGGGUUAGACUUUACCAUUCCUAUACUUAACUUUAAUCGUCAUUUACUCUACAGUACAAAAGGCCGGGAACACACUAGCUUUCUUGGCCAUGAAAAUUGUUGAAAUGAAUUUUGUCUUGCCUCAGUCUCUCUGCAUUUAUGUAUCUAAGACUCACUGAAAUUGAAUGAAAUUAUCAUUUAUCCAGCUCAAGAUAAGACUAUACCACAGUUUUUAUCAUUCACCGUACAUGCUACAGAAUAUCGACGUAGAUAAAAUAUAUCUUUAGCUUUAACUGUCGAAUGUGAUAUUGAACUUGUUGUAUCAAAUAAAUACGUUUUAUAUCGA